AUGGCUACGACCCAGUCCACGACUAUGCUUCGUCCAUCAGGUAGCGUUCGGGGAAAGACAGCCGUGCGAAAUGAGGGUGCGAGCAAUGAUGCAUCAGGAGCUCCGCAAGUCGCACACACUUUACAGCGGAAAACUAGAUGCGAUCCAGGUCUUCCGCGAUGCGGCCCAUGCGAGAGGACAAACUCUACUUGCGAGUACUGGGACUCAUCCAAAGGACACAACGUGAACCGGAACUACGUGGUGUACCUGCAGCAUAAGGUACAAGAGCUGGAGGAAGAGCUCGAUCGUGUGGAGAACGAGGAUGCCGCAGACGAUCCGGAGACGAUGAUGCGCGCCGCAACCGUACGCAUGUACGACGCAGCGGAGUCGAAGUAUCUGGGUCCAUCAAGCGGCAUUGCGAUCACGCGCUUGGUGAUCCAGUUAGCGAAGCAGUUCACGGACGCGAAGAGCAUCAAGGAUAUUGUACCAGAGCAAAGAGCUAAGCAGAUCAAGCAGCUGUUCCAGGCGGAGCAUGACAAGCCCACAUCGAAGGUUUAUCCGUUGAUCAGCGAUGUCGCUGCAGACGAUCUUCCGAACAAAGUUCUGACCGACCUCUUACUACAACUAUACAAGCUCAAGGUGCAGCCAAUGUACCCGGCACUGCACGAACCGACCCUGGAUGCCGAUGUGGAGUUCAUCUAUCAGCAUCCGAAUCAAGCGACGUCGUACCAGAACUUCAUUGUCCGCAUGGUAAUCGCUAUCAGUCUCCAGAAGAUGGAUACGCAAUAUGCAGGCUUGGCUGACAGCUACUAUCUUGCUGCAUUGAAGCAUCUUGAAGCUGUCGUGCGGCCUAUGGACUUGAAGACGUUACAGUGCUUCGCUCUCAUGGCUGAGUACUCACUGUUGACGCCAACUCGGACCGCUAUCUACUAUAUCCUAGGCAUAGCCGUCCGGCUGCUGCAGGCCCUGGGCUACCACGAGGAGAGGACGAUCACUCGUGGCAAGGACAAUGGCAAGGCUGAUUACUUGGAGAUUGACAUGCGCCGGAGGCUCUUCUGGUGUAUCAUCGUCAUGGAUUGUGGCCUGGCGCAUUCACUGGGAAGGCCAGCAAUGCUGGCGACCAACCAUGACCACAUCGAUGUCGGAUGGUUUGAGACGUGCCAUGACUCCUUCAUCAAGCCUGAAGGCAUCGACCCUGCAGCGCCACGGCCUACACUGAAGAAGUGGGUUGCGAUACACUUCUUCAAGAUGCGCAUGCUACAGCUCGAGAUUCGCCGGAAGCUGUACUUGCGGAAGCGCCCCGAGCCAGUGGAUGACACCGACCCAUGGUUCAUAUACAUGGACGCAAAGCUGUGCGCCUGGCGAGACGCAGCGCCGAGCAACGACGAGGGCAUAGGUCUGGACAAGGUCUGGUUCAUUGGACGUUAUAAUACCAUGAUCGUCUUCAUGUAUCGACCAUCCCCGCAAGUACCGCGACCGUCGCUGGCGGCAGCUUUGAAGUGUUUCGAUGCCUGUCAAUACAACAUAUACAUGCAACGUGAGCAGAUCCAGAAUAAGAAUGUCGACCUUACCUGGAUCUUCACUCAGUCCAUCUUCAUGGCCAUCAAUUGUAUGCUUUGGACGCUUAGCUACGUGGAGGUGCGUCGAAAGCACUCAAAGGCUUCGGUGGAGAAACAUCUCGAAACCGCAAUGGACGCCAUCCAGCUGGCUUCUGCACGCUGGCCCGGUGUAGCUUCAGCGGUCCAACUUUAUCAUAACCUCAUCAAUGCCAUCAUGAAGAUCUACGAGAAGGAUGGGGACGUGCCCAUCUCGGCAGCAACACCUUCGGAAAUGGCGUCGCCUUCACAAGGAUUUCCAGAUGCGUUCAAUCGUUCACAGACGACGAGCCCGGCGACUGUUAGUAGCACCUCCGUCACGACGCCGCCUAUCGACAAAGCGCCUUUCGGCUACUUCAACCACACCGCUACUAGGCAUAGAAGUGUGGAACAGCCUCCUCCGGUGCCAUACCAGAGCGACCCAAGCCCCUCUCAGAUGGGUCAGGCACCCGCAGCCACACCGCCCCCGGCUCUUCCAGCGAUGGCGCCUCCGGGCAGUAUGAUGAUGCCGCAAAUGCAGCAAUUAUCUCAGAUGCAGCAAAUAUCACAGCAGAACAUGGUGCCUCAGCCAUUACCGUUCGACCCAAACAGCUACGCCAAUCCUUUUCCGGACUUCACUGCUGACCUUUCGAUACAACCAUGGACAGCGGCGCAGCCCAACCAAAUGCCAUUUGCAGCUUCAUCAUCGGCCCCAAUGCAGUCAAUGUACCAAGGCCCGUACGCGGACCCUGUGUUUGAUCCAAACAGUCAAACAUAUCCGUUUCCGGGCAUGGCGGAUCCGAGCCUCAACGAGCAAUGGAACAACCUGGGCACUUACUGGGACAUCGACACGGGCGGUAUUGGCAACGGCUUGAACAUGGAUCAGCAGCACGAACUGCUUCACAAUCUGGAAACGAGUGGGAUGGAGGAUAUUCAGAGUAUGAUCACGCAAACUCUGUCCUCCCUCACACCAAAGCAGACUUACCACCCACAUUUCGUUUGA